AUGGAUUACCUUCUUUUUCUCGGAUUACUUUCAUCAGCUAUUGCUAUGCGAUGGAUUAUUGCUCUAUAUCCUUAUUCAGGGUAUAACAAACCACCAAUGUUUGGAGAUUUCGAAGCACAGCGUCAUUGGAUGGAAUUAACAGUCAAUCUACCGAUUAAUGAAUGGUAUCAAGAUUCAUCUUUAAAUAAUUUAACUUAUUGGGGUUUAGAUUACCCAUUAUUAACAGCUUAUCAUUCAUAUAUUUGUGGAUGGAUUUCGAAUAAAAUUAAUCCUAUAUGGUGUGCUUUGAAAGAAUCACAUGGACAUGAAAGUAGUUCACAUAAACUAUUCAUGCGUUAUACUGUCUUUAUUGCUGAUCUUCUUAUCUAUUAUCCAGCUGUUUUCUAUGCUUAUCGAUCGGAUUUACUUAAUAAGAAUACCGCAACAAAAAAAUUUACAGUAUUAUUAACAAAUCUUUUUUAUCCUCUUUUAAUUCUAAUUGAUCAUGGUCAUUUUCAAUAUAAUUCUAUAAGCCUUGGUUUAGCAUUGAUUACAUUUGUAAUGGCUACUCAAAAAAAUUUAAUUCUUUUUUCAGCUAUGUUUUUUACAUUAUCACUUAAUUACAAACAAAUGGAACUUUAUCAUGCUAUACCUAUAUUUGUCUAUCUGUUAUCAGCAUAUUGUUUUGAAGAAAGAAAGAUCAAAUUGAAGACAUUUUUAUCAUUGGGGCUCGUUGUAAUUACAACAUUUUUUAUCAUAUGGAUACCAGUAUUAAGACAUGAGCCUCUUGCUGUCAUUAAACGACUUUUUCCAUUCGAAAGAGGUUUAUAUGAAGAUAAAGUUGCCAACUUUUGGUGUACAAUUAAUUUAAUUGUUAAACUACGAUCAAAAUUUGAUCAUGGAACAUUAGCUAAAUUAUGUUUAUUGACAACAUCAUUGAGUAUUUUACCAUCAUGUUAUAUGCUUUUUCGUCGACCAACAGUUCGAAAUUUUUAUAUUAGUCUUUCAAUUUUAUGCAUAAUAAUAACAUGUCCACUGUUAAUCGCUGCUAUUUAUAUUCAACCACCCGUACGUUAUCCAGAUUUAUGGAUUGUUCUUAUUAGUGCUUGUUCAUGUGUUUAUUUCUUGAUCAUACUUGUUCAAUUUCAUAUAUAUCAAUUCAAAGAAAUGACACUUCAAAUAAAAAAAACUAACUAA